AUGUUUCAACAAUCAGGCGGCUUUUCAGGAUCGCGAGCACGAUAUGUGCCUAACGUUUCUGCUUCACGAGGUGUUUACCGAGGUUCAUAUGCUCGACCAUCAGCCCGAUAUGCUGCUCGACCUGUUCUACGACCAGUAGUUCCAGCUGGCCGAGCACCCGGUGGAUCUGGUAUGCUUGCAGCCAUUCUUGGACCCAUUGGAGGUCUUACCGGAUGUUUAUGUUGUCUCAAUACAAUCGGUGUUUGGGGUCUUUUCAUUACGGCUAUUCCAUUAACUGUCUUCAUCAGUCGAUGGUAUCGUGAUUAUAAAAAUCGUAAUGGACAAAAUGGAGCCGAAGAACUUCUUGCUCCACAUAUGCUUCUUAUGUUACUCCUCGUAUGUUCGUUCCUGUUCACGUUCAUGCGUCGCUCAUAAGUCAAUAAACGACGACUUGAUCUUUAUUCUAUAUAUGGUGUUAUUUAUUUAUAAAACACAUACACAUAUACAAACACAAUAAAUGGUUUAAUUUUUUUUGUUCAUAUUCUCUUUUUUUUUCUUGUUUCGCAACACAACGAAUUCUUCCUAUUUUUUUUUCUUGCGUAUGACAUAUUGGAACUUGCGCGCGAUUGAACCUUUUUUUUUUCUCUAAAAACAGUAAUAAAAAUGACAACGACGACGACGAUAACGACGACAAAACAUUAUCAAUAAAAACAUAAAUCUAUAUGUUUCGAUAGCAAAUAAGGCGAUGUUCAAUAUUUUUUUCAUUUUUAUUUAUCUAUUUUUUGUUUUUUGUCCUCAAAUCACCAAAAGUAUUUCAAAUAAAAAAAAACGGACGUCACUUAUUGUUUAAUUUAAUUUUAAGCAUAAUCAAAUCUAACAAAAAAAUAUAUCAUAUACAUAUCAAUAUCAUUCUAUUGAUGACCUUGAAAUAAUAAUAGACAAAACUAUUGUUUUAAACUCGAUUAAAAUUCAUGAUUUUAAGUGCAAAUCUUUCUUUUUUUGAUUUGUAAUUGUUUACAUUCUUGGACUUUCAUUUACUUUUCUUCCCUAUUCGUCAUCAUCAUGGUUAUUCAUAUAAUUUUGUCAUGCAUGGUUUCCGCACAAUAUUCACGUCUUUCUUUAUGCUUCUAUCAAUAUGUCUGUAAGUGGUGUUUUUUUCUUUUUUUCGUCGUUGUGCGCAUUCAUCCAUGGACAGCCAUAAC